AUGCUGUUCCCUGAGGAACAUUCAGGCGACUUGAAGAAAUGGAUUGUGAAGAGGCUUGAAAACACAUCCGAUGCCGAUGCCGACGUGCUAGCAGACUAUGUACUUGCACUCCUACGACAUGAUGGCAAUAGCGACAAGGUGCGAAAGCUCUGCGAGGACGAAAUACCUGACUUCCUCAAAGAAGAUUCCACUGUGUUUGUGAACGAUGUCUUCAACGCAAUCGCCGGUCAGUCCUACCUUCCAGGCGCCCCUCCUCGGCCGGUCAAGCAGGCCGCCAUUCAAGCACCGCAUCAACCGCUACCCGCGGGCGGUCUUUCCUACGAUGAUUACCCCAUGCCCCAGGCCCUGCAGCCGCAGCCGCAGCCGCUUAAUGGAUCCAGAAAGCGAGGCUACAAUGAAUGGGGAGGAGAUGCGGAAGCGUCGAAUAGCCGGGACGGCCGCUUCCAGGAAGGGAGGCGGUUCAAGCAAGCUCGGCGAGGAAGAGGGAAUGGCAUGGGCGGCCGAGCAGGUAGAAUGGGUGACGAGAAUGCGUUUACCAAGUCGUUUGGGUCACCACCAGCAGUCGGAGCCGGAGCCGGAGCGCCAGCGUCAGCGCCAGCCUUCGCCCAGGCCGACCACCUGCCGCCGCCUCCUGUGGGCGGCGGAAACUUCGAUCCAGCCGCCGCGCAUUUCAGCCCCAAUGCAGCGAUGGAAAUGCUGUUCGGUAUCCGGCCGAUGAGCUUGUCCGGCAAUCCUGGUGUUCUAGACUUUUCGUCACAAGCCCGAGGGGCCGGCCAGCAAUCGAGGAGACGGCCGCGGUGUCGUGACUAUGACUCCAAGGGAUAUUGUGCUCGCGGAAGCACAUGCAAUUUUGAGCAUGGAGACGAGUCUCUCUACGCUCAUCCUCCACUUCCUCGGUUUAGCGCGCAAUCGGCGCGACCUCCGUCCGUGGAAGAGUAUGACCCGACCAACGCCCUAAUUGCCAGCAUGCUCAGUGCCACGGGCCCUGUCCAGCAAUAUCAACCCCCGACGCCGGAUGAAGGCCAUCAGGCGAGACGCAAGACAGGGACGCAGCCAAAAGGCCGGCGCAAGGCACCAUUCUCUGCAGACGGCCCGGUAUUUGACAGGACGAAGUCAACUAUUGUGGUUGAAAAUAUCCCCGAAGAGAAUUUUACUGAAGAACAGGUUCGGGAAUACUUUUCCCAGUUCGGCAACAUACUUGAGGUUUCGAUGCAGGCGUAUAAACGAUUGGCGCUUGUCAAAUUUGACACGUGGGCCUCAGCAAAUGCAGCUUGGAAAUCACCGAAAAGCGUUUUCGACAACCGCUUCGUCAAAAUAUUCUGGCACAAAGAAGAUGCGGCUUCACAAGCGACCUCGUUGGCCCCGAACAGCGAUGCGGGAGAUGGCCCGAAAAAGGCAGGAUCGCAAGCCGGCAACUCGGUAGCUGGCGCGGGGAGCCCAGGUCCGCCGGCGGAGAUAGACAUGGAAGAAUUUCUGCGCAGGCAGGAGGAAGCCCAAAAGAUUCACGAUGAGAAGGCAAAGAAACUGCAGGAAGUUGAGCGUCAGCGCCAGGAGCUGGAGAAACUGCAACAACGGCUCCUCGCCAGACAGCGUGAAGAGAAGGCGAGACUAGAAGCAAAGCUUGCGAAAAGGGCCCGAAGUGGUGACGAGGCCGGAUCCGGAGUUAAGAGCGAAAGCAACGACGAUGAAAAGGCGCCAAACCCAACCAGCCAAACAGAGGCCCUCCGUGCCCAACUGGCUCUGCUAGAGGCCGAAGCUAAGCAGCUAGGACUCGACCCCGACGAUAUGGGCGAACUCGGCGAGGUCAUGGAAAAUUCGAUGUGGAACAGUUCACGUGGUGGCGCCUUCGCAAGGGGCAGGGGCGGGUAUUCCCCAGCCCGGGGGUAUGCGCCUCGUGGCUUCCGCGGCGGCGCAGCAUUUCGCGGCGGCCGUGGCAACCACCACGCGGCAUACGCGGCGUACUCGCUCGACAAUAGGCCAAAGAAGGUCACGCUUACUGGCAUGGAUUUUACAGUGUCUGAGAAGGACGAGACGCUGCGGCAGUACCUUUUCGGCGUCGGGGAGUUCACGGACAUCCAGUCCAGCCCGAAUUCUACUGAGAUCACAUUCAAGGAUCGCAAGACGGCCGAGAAAUUCUUUGCCGGCGUGGCUAGCAUCAGGGAGAUUCCCGGUCUCGACGGCCAGGUUGAGCUCUCGUGGAGCGGUAUUGGGUCUAAUGGGUCUACAGGUUCAGCCUCGAUUCCCGGCACGCCGGGUGCAAACUCUGGUGCACCGCGGUCUUCUACUUCUGCUGCUAUCAAGUCUGCCUCCUUCAGCGGUAAUCAAGAGCCGCCGUCGGGCGUAGUAAAGACUCAGCAGCAUGCAGGCGGGAAUAACAACAACCAUGACAACAACCUGGCGAAACUUGAGAACCAGGAAGACCAGGUCAAUCGCUAUAUCAGAGCAACAAGCGGUAGCGAUAAGGACGUUACGUUUGUUCUCGAGCGGAAACCCGGCCAUUCUGACGAAGAUAUGCAUGCCGAGAUGGACUACGAAGUCGCUGAUGAUAAUCAGUGGGAAUGA